AUGAGCACAGGUGGACGACGAAACACAGAGUCACAGUCUGUCUACACCAGGCAAGCUUCAAUUCUGCGCCGUAAUCUGGCUGAUUGGGAUGGAAUAUUGAGAAACCCCAGAGGAGAAGAUUGGCCUCGAAUGCUUGGGCGUCUCAAUGCGGCGUUGAAUCAAAGUUCGAAUAUGGACAAGUGUAUUGAGGACGUCAUGGAACAUUUCGUCUAUCAACCAAAACAAAGUACAGCCAACGCCCAAGACAUUCCGUUCUUUCUGUCAACCCGACUCGAGACAUCAACACCAGAAGAUGCGGUAAAGGAAGACGACGACGCAGGGUUAGUGAUCCAGGGGGAUCCUGCUCAAAUGUUGGCGACAUACGAGAAUCGUGCUGCAGCGUUGGCGCAAGAAUACGAAGAUGAGAUGGUUAGAUUCUAA